CCUCCGAGCCAUGGCCCCGCCGCUCCUGCUGCCGCUGCCGCUGCUGAUGCUGCUGCUGCCGGCCCGAGGCUCCGGUGCCGGGCUGGAGGAGCAGCUGCCCCACGUCGAGAAGUACGAGACGGUGCUGCCGCGGGAGCUGCGGGUGCCCCGGGGGAAGAGGGACCUCUCUGCGCCUCCGAGCACCUACCCAGACCACGUCCUCUACAGCGUCCGUGCCGAGGGCAGGGAAUACCUGCUGUGGCUGGAGAAGAACAGGGCCCUGCUGGGACAGCACUACACCGAGACUCACUACUCGGCCGACGGCUCCGAGAUCACCGAGAAGUCAGACACCCAGGAUCACUGCUUCUACCAGGGCAGCGUGCGGGGACACCCCGGCUCGGCAGCGAGCAUCAGCACCUGCAGCGGGCUCAGCGGGUUUUUCCGGGUGAAUGAGACCACCUUCCUGCUGGAGCCGCUGGAGGGGGCAGUGGCCGGCCGGCACGCCGUGUACCGAGCAGCUCACCUGCGGGGAAAACGCGGCAUCUGCCGGGAGCCCGGAACCACCCUGGAGUACGACCACGAGCCCAAAAUCCCCGCAGCCAUGAAGCUCUACCGCUGGAAAUCAGGUCCAAUACAAAAAGGUCCCCGGUACGUGGAGCUGGUCCUGGUGGCAGACAACCAGGAGUUCAGGAAGCACAAGGACCUCCGCACCGUGCAGAACCGCAUGAAGGAAAUUGUGAACCACGUGGACAAGCUCUACCAGCCCCUUCGCCUGCGGGUGGCCCUGAUUGGCCUGGAGGUGUGGAACCACAGGGACAAAAUCACGGUCAGCCCCAAGCCCGAAGUGACUCUGGACAACUUCCUGCACUGGCGGGAGUCGGAGCUGCUGCGGAAGAAGCCCCACGACAACGCCCAGCUGAUCACGGGCGUGGACUUCCAUGGCAACACGGUGGGGCUGGCCAAGAAGCUGGUGAUGUGCACCAGGGACUCGGGAGGUGUCAACCAGGAUCACAGCACGAACCCCAUUGGUGCCGCAUCCACCUUGGCUCACGAGAUGGGGCACAACCUGGGCAUGUCUCAUGACGAGGAAGUCGCCGGCUGCCGCUGCCCCGUGCCCAAAGCUGACGGGGGGUGUGUCAUGGCAGGGAGCGUUGGGCUGGUUUACCCCAAGCUCUUCAGCCAGUGCAGCGAGCAGGACAUGUGGCAGUUCCUGGGGGACCCCCGGACCAGCUGCCUGCUGAACGCGCCGCGGGCGGACGAGCUGUACGGGGGCCCGGUGUGCGGGAACCAGUUUGUGGAGCGGGGAGAGCAGUGUGACUGCGGCACGCCAGAGGAGUGUUCGGACCGCUGCUGCAAUGCCACCACGUGCCAGCUGAGAGAGGGAGCCGAGUGUGCCCGGGGGGAAUGCUGCCAGGACUGCAAGGUGAAGGCUGCAGGUGUGCUCUGCCGGGCCAGCAAGAACGACUGCGACCUCGCCGAGCACUGCAGCGGGCUCAGCGCCGAGUGCCCGGAGGACGUGUUCCAGGAGAACGGCAUCUCCUGCCAGCACGGCAAGGGCUACUGCUACAACGGGGCCUGUCCUUCGCACGGCGAGCAGUGCCGGGCGCUCUGGGGCGCAGAGGCGCAGGUGGCUCCUGAUAUCUGCUUCAAGCACAACAGCCAGCAGCACGUUCACCUGCACUGCCUCACCGAGUACGGCAAGCAGCCCUGCAGCCCCAAGGAUGUCAAGUGCGGCACGCUGCUGUGCCUGAGCGACAACACCCAGCCCAUCCUCGGCAGCGGCUACUACUCCUUCGGAUACAACUUCGGCCGCUUCAAGUGCAAGGCGGUGAUCGCGGGCAACGACGCCAGCGAGGCGGCCGAGCUGCGGCUGGUGCCCACCGGUGCCAAGUGCGGCGAGGAGAUGGUCUGCUACGCCGGGCGCUGCCAGAACCUCCAGGUCUACGGUGACAAGAACUGCUCGGCCAAGUGCAACAACCACGGGGUGUGCAACCACAGGCGGGAAUGUCACUGCGACCCCGGCUGGGCAGCGCCCUACUGCGAGCAGGAGAUCUCGGGGAUAGCCGCAGGGAGCGGCAGCGUGGCGCUGGCGGCCGCGCUGGCCGUGCUGGCCGUGGCCGGGGUCGGGCUGGCCAGCGGCGUGGUGCUCCUCAGAACCAGGGCGGCGCGGCGCUCCCACAAAGGGAGCUCCAGCGGGACUCCCUCAGGCCUCGCCAACCCGCUGUUCCAGGAGGGCGGCCGGACGCGGCCGGGCCGCCGCCAGCUGUCGGGCCGGGACAUCGGGCAGCCCAGCCUGGUCAGCAGCACGGCGGCCCCGCGGCCGGCCCGUCCGGUCUCUCCUGGGUGCCCAGGUGAGGCAGCCGGGUCUCUUCCCCACCAGGCGAAGCCGAAGCCGCCCAGCAAACCUCUCCCAGCGCUGAAGAGCAAAGUGCCGAGCCACGGCGAGGGGCCGCCGGCACCGGCCCUCCCCCCGGCCCCCUUUCAGCGGUGUCCCCCGCCGAAGGUGGCCCUGAAGCCGCCCCCAGCCAGGAGGUGACCAAGGACGCUCCAUCCGCCACCACGCCAGGCCGAGGGGCGGCACAGCUGGGUGGGUGCACAGCUGGGGAGCCACCGUCCCCUUUCCACCCUUACUUGAAUUGCUGGCCGAACCCUCGGACCCUGCCAGUGUUUACAGAUCCUCGAGUUGUGCCUUAAUGGACUCGGCAGCCUCACGGUUGUCCCAUGGGGAGCCGUCAGCCGGGGCUUCCCAAGGAAACCAGGAGUGGGGACGAUGCCAGCUCCGCUUUGGAGGACUGCCCCACAUUGGCUCAGGCUCUCCUAUGCCCGGGGAAGCUGCUGCCUUCUCUCCCGACGUCCUGAAUGUGUCCUGUCCCUCCUGCCCUUCCCUGCUGGGGCUGCUCCGUGGGGACCGUGCCCCAGGAACACGGCCGUGGCUGCUGUGGGAUGUCAUCAGGAGCUGUGGCAGGUCCAAGCUGGGCUUGGCCUCCCCACGGGGCUUUUAUCUCUGGAGUUAUUCCUUGAGUUACUGUUCAAAAGGGAAUUCCCUGGGAACCUUUUUACUGCAGCCGUUUAUUUAUGACCCUUACAUGACCAUUUUGAGCCACUUGCUGUAAAACCAGUCCUCCCAUUUUUUAUAUAAUUUAGGUUCAAGGCUUUUAUACCAAUAAAGACUGAAGGUAGAAGUGUCAUGGGGUGUGUCUGGGCAGGAGGGGGCAGCAGGGUGGCAGCAGGCAGGGAGCUGUGCGAGGAUCAUGGAAGGGGGAAAAGGGUUGGAGCUGAACUUCCCAAUCCAGUGCCAGAGCCACCAGGGCCAAACUGCAGCACAUUUUGCCAGCCACAUAGAGCCAGGCUGCCCCAGGAUGCUGCAGGGAGUCCCCUCAUGCUCAGCACCAUCCUGGCUGUGCCCUGCUUUGAGCACAGGCUCCUCACGGGGCUCCCAGGGCAGCAGUCACUGCAGCUGAGGAC